GAUAACGUGGAGAGGGCAGAUGCACUCCAGUUGACGGUGGAGGAAUUUGUUGAGCGUUAUGAAAAACCUUACAAGCCUGUGGUCUUGCUGAAUGCCCAGGUGGGCUGGUCUGCUCAAGAGAAGUGGACUCUGGAACGGCUGAAACGCAAGUAUAGGAACCAGAAGUUCAAAUGUGGGGAGGACAAUGACGGUUAUUCUGUGAAGAUGAAGAUGAAAUACUACAUCGAGUAUAUGGAAACCACGCGUGAUGACAGCCCCCUCUACAUCUUUGACAGCAGUUAUGGGGAGCAUCCCAAGCGCAGGAAACUCCUGGAGGACUACAAAGUACCCAAAUUCUUCACUGAUGAUCUCUUUCAGUACGCGGGGGAGAAACGAAGGCCACCUUACAGAUGGUUUGUGAUGGGCCCACCUCGUUCUGGAACAGGAAUUCACAUCGAUCCCUUGGGAACUAGUGCAUGGAAUGCCUUAGUCCAGGGACAUAAGCGCUGGUGCCUGUUCCCUACCAGCACUCCCAGAGAGCUGAUCAAGGUGACACGAGAGGAAGGAGGGAACCAGCAGGAUGAGGCUAUCACUUGGUUCAACGUCAUCUAUCCCAGGACACAGCUCCCCACCUGGCCUCCGGAGUUCAAACCCCUGGAAAUCUUACAGAAACCAGGAGAGACAGUCUUUGUGCCAGGUGGCUGGUGGCACGUGGUUCUCAACCUUGACACAACCAUUGCCAUCACGCAGAACUUUGCCAGCUGCACCAACUUCCCCGUGGUGUGGCACAAGACAGUGAGAGGGAGACCCAAACUGUCACGCAAGUGGUACAGGAUCCUAAAGCAGGAACAUCCUGACUUGGCAGCCUUGGCCGAUUCAGUUGACCUGCAGGAAUCUACUGGUAUUGCUUCCGAUAGUUCUAGUGAUUCUUCCAGUUCCUCAAGCUCCAGCUCCUCGGACUCUGAUUCAGAGUGUGACUCUGGCUCCGAGACGGAGGGGAUGAUGCACCGGAGGAAGAAGAGGAGAACGUGCAGCAUGAUGGGCAAUGGGGACACGACCUCCCAGGACGACUGCGUGAGCAAAGAGCGCAGCUCCUCCAGGAUUAGGGAAUCUUGUGGAGGCCGCAGCUACCCCUGA